AUGGCCUCGUCGAGCACAAAGAUCGCUUCUGGCAGCUGCUCUUCCACAGAGACUGGCGAGCAGCUGCUCAACAAAGACGGCACUCGCCGAAAGUCACGCGUGCUGCGCCGUAAGACCGACCACUCGAUCAUCGAGCGACGAAGACGGGAGAAGAUCAACGAGAAGCUCGUCGCCCUGCAGAACCUUGUUCCUGCCUGCCGUAAGGAGUGUCAAGACCUCAUCGAGCGCAAAUUCACGACACCGGCCCGUGCCAACGAUGCAGGCGACACCGUCUCUGCUCCGAGGCAAAACGCCAAGCGCAAACGCGAAGAGGAGAAGGUGGACAAGGCAAAGAAGGAUAUGAGCGACAAGAUCAGCACGAGCAUGGUGCUCGAGAAGCUCUGUAUCAUCAGUCAUACGCUCGACUUUGUCGUCAAGUUGCAAGAGGAGAACAAGGCAUUGCGAGCGCUGUGCGAUUGCAGAGCGGAGCAAGAGUUGCCUGUCGACGUGGAGUCUGGCCUGGCUGAGCACUAUCGCAACGCCCAUAGGCACGAAAGCUCGGACAGCCCUCUGCCGGGCAGCAAUGAGGCACGUGGCAAAAUGCAUCGCCUCAGCGUCUCUACGGUCUCCUCUUCCUCGGAUCACGAUGCAUUAGCAGGAGACGAUGCAGACAGGCCGGCCAAGCGAAGAUUACACUGGGGCAGUGACGAGAGAUAA